UGCACCUGCAAGCUGGCUGCCAACCGUCAGUCAGAGCAAAAGAAAAAAAGGAAAGCCAACGCCGCUGGGUGUCCAUGUGAGCAGAGGCAGCAUGGCGCCACCAGGAGGGAAGAUAAACAGACCCAAAACAGAGCUGGGUAAGAAGCUCUUCAAGCGGCGGCGAGUUCUGGGCCGAGAGAAGAGGAAGAGGAAUCAAAUUGUUGGAGCAGUGGUCGACAAGGACCUCAUCACCGUCCAUCACCUGAAAAAGAGAAAGUCUAGCCCAAGAGCUAACAUCACCCUGUCUGGAAAGAAGAAACGCAAGCUGCUGAAACAGCUGCAUCACAUGCAGCAGGAAAAGGCACGCAUGGACGUUGAGCCAGAGGCAGCACCACAGAAAAAGGCUUCGGUGCCUGCGCCAGCCAAAAAGAAGAAAGCGGCUGCGACCCAGGGGGACGUGGAGAUGGCAGAUGUCGAAUGAGAGAAGGGCGACAAAAUUAACUGCUAUUGGCUCCCAGCCAUAUAGGGCAAUAUCUUGCCUUUUGAAUUGAAUGGACAAAUGGGAGUUAGUUCAUCCAUGAAUGGAAUACGGAAUGGGAAAUAUGAUAUAGAAGGCUUCUAUGAACAAACACAGGUGGAAACAAAGUCAGUUUUCACUGUUCAUGCCCAGAGGGAUGAUACUCUGCCUCCACUUGUUUCAGUCAGGUGGGGUGCCUUUACACACACACACACACUGGCAGAAUACAAAGAUCAUUGAGAAAGAUAUCACGCUCUCGGUCAGAUUCAUGUGUGCAAAUUCCAGGGUGCCCGCAGGCCCUUUUUAAAAAGUCUCAAAGUCAUAUCCACUCUUAGAUUAAUGAAGAAAGGGGUUGAAAUAAACAUUUUGUCUGCUUUACUAAAACACUUGGACUUCAUUUAUGUUCCUUAACAUUUAACUUCUGCUGUCCUUGUUAUAUUGUCCAUUUUCCAGUUCCACAACUUUGAUUAACUAUGCUCACAAACCCAGAUUUAUUUCUUUUUUUGUUUUUUAAUUAAAAUUCCAUUUCAGGUAACAUUACAGAGUUAGCAUAACAUUUGGUCAUUUGAAACCCACAGAUCUAUCAGUGUGUUUAUGAUUAUUCGGCUGGUGUACAUCAUAAAUGUAAUUUUAAGGGAUAGUUCACCCAUUUGAAAAAAAUGAAAUUUCACAAGUGCCCUGCCCCCAGCUGUUCUGUAGGACAGUGGUGGUGCUAUGUUCCUCUCAUUGUUACUGAGUGCUGGAUACUGGCUGGACGCUCCAAAUGCUAACUGUUAGCCUCCUGCCAUUGAGCUGGACUUCCCCCCAGCUAACAUUCUGAAAAGUAACUACCUUAAUCCACUCAAAGAAAAUUUAACAUAAGUGUUGCUUAUUAAAACCAAAAUGCAUGUAAAACUACUGAGUAAAGGCUCAUUUAUGUGUGGUUUCUUGAGAAUCUGUGGCUUGCUGGAAGUGUUCCUCCCUGAAAAGAAAAUGUGCACACAUGAUUACAGAGUGCACACAGAUAAUAAUCUGAACUUUAAAAAAAAAAAAAAAAAAAAGGUGAACGUAUGUCAUGCCAUUUUGGGCUGUAAAAAUUCUA